AUGAAACAACAAACAAAUCAGCAAUUUCUUUGGAUUAUUCGAACGGACCCAGAUUUGCAUCCAACCUUGAAGGGGCGACUGAUCGACGAGCUGCACGGGAUGAUAAAUGUUGUUGUCGUUGGAUCCAACGACGUCAAAAAGGGGUCCCUCGAUGGCGGGUUUCGUGACAAAGGUGCGAUUGACGAUGUAACAGAAGACUCUGUGAUCUUUGGAAAGCUGCAUUUGGUGCAAUCCUAUCAUCGAACCGGCAGAGAGAAUACAAUUGUGGAAACAAACUUGGAUAUGGAUGAUGGUCUUGGGCUUAAUUUUAUCGAGACACUGCAACAGGCUGUUUCCAAGCGUUUCAAACCCAUUACAAACAAAAGAGCGUGGUUAAACUAUUGUGUCGGUCGGCAUGUGGAAUGGCAAUACUAUGCUCCUUGGGACGAGUCGACGACGGGAGGAGCUCUCACAUUUGGAUCAACCCAUAUAUGCGUGACUGCUGGACUAAGCUGGGCAACCAUGGCCAAUUCUGCCCCAAGCUUCACGGAGGCCCAUCAUUUGAUCAAACAAGAUACGAAAAGCUGCGAGGUCUUCAAAAAGCCCUAUCUUGGUUGCUGGGAGCAGCUUCCCGACGUCGACAUGUUAGCGAUUAGAGCGAGAACACCGACAUCGACAGGAAUGGCAAGGGUUCUAACUGCUGAAGAUAAAUGGACCAAAGAACAGGUGGAAAUCGACCGUACCCAGUGGCCACUGCUGGAAUCGUCGUUUGGUAUAUCACCAACAAGCAUGCACAGGGCCCAUCAAUACUUGACAGAUCAUCUAGGGGUGGUGGUGGAAGAAAAUUUGAAGGGCCAGUGUCGGAAGGAUCACUCCUGCUCGGAAGGUAUCAAGAAGAAGCUGAAACAAAUCUUGUACCACUCCAGUAUGUGGAAGAACAAAUAUGAUAUUGUACAUAUCAUCCAGACUUCAGUGGACUCGGAGAUGAGUGCCCAUGUUCUUGACCACUUUAGCUUUGAUUCACUAGAGUCCCAAACUACAUACGAGUUCUUGUGGAUCAUUCGGUUGCAGGAGUUGGAAGAGUCGGAAGAAAUAGAAGAGCUGCUAACUAGCAAGAUUGUGGGGAAGAGUCCGCUCAAUGUUCUUGUGGUGAAAUCAGAUCAAACGUCAAAUAUUGAAUUCCGGAACCGACAAGCGAUUGGUGACAUCACAGAAGAAACUCUGCUAUAUGGAGAUAUGGAAAUGCUAGAAGAUUAUUAUCGAGCAGUGCAAAAUAGAACUCUGCUGGAGACGACACUCGAAGCAUUUGAUGCUUUGAGCAAGACCUUCGUCGAGGAUUUACAAAGCUCGACAGCACGACAAGUAAAGGAAAGUGAAAUGAUGGACGACUCGAAAAGUUGGUACUAUCGAUGCAACUCUAGGUAUAUUGAAUGGGAUUUUUUCACACCAGAAGGAUACGACGCAGACAGCGGAUUUCUAAGAAUUACAGGAUCAGAUGAUCAAGCCUGUGUUCAAAACCCAGGGGCGACUAGAGUCAGUCUCCCUGAUGCCGUAAUUCCUUAUUACAGCGAAGAGAAAACCGUCCCCGAAUGCCAAGUGUUAGUUGUUCGUCGCAUCCAAAGUGGAUGUUAUAUUCCUGCAUCAUCCAAUCAAACAUCCACCGCCAGGGCCAUUAUUCCAGAGUCGGUGGAAAAACCAGUUUCUCACAAGAUGGACCCAUUUGAACUGGAAGAGCUCGUCGCAAAUGAUGGACACUUGCGUGGAGUGCUUCGAGACACCAUGAACAUAUACCCAGCUACAAUAGCUGAGCUACACUCACACAUCAGGGAGUCACAAUGCAGUGACAGUCUUCUGUGCAAUCCGGCGUGGGACAGCGAGUACGGAGUGACUCAUGUGAUCCAAACGUCGAUACGAGACGCUUCCGAUUAUCUGCACUGGAGGCACUUCGGGCUAUCUCUCGAGUCCCAGUCAACGACCAAAUUUCUUUGGAUUAUUCGAAUAUCGCUCGAUCCGAAGCUGUCGGAAGAGCUAGUCAAUACCAUCCACGGCAUUACAUUGAACGUUAUUGUUGCCCAAGCAACCUCUAGUCCCGUAUAUGAUUUUCGGCACCAGCAAACUUUGACUGACAUCAAUAACAGUACAUUGUUAUAUGGUGACUUGAAUACACUGGAAUAUUUUCACCGCAGUGCUCAACGUCGACCACUGCUGGAGACGUAUCUGGCACCGACAGAUAGCUUGUCACUGCGGUUCGUUACAACACUACAAAAACUUACAGCAGCCGAAAUCAAUGAAAGGAGAGGUGGGGUGCACGGCCUUGGUGCGUGGUACUACCGAUGCGGAGUCGACCACGUUGCGUGGAGUUCAACAACCGCAGCAACCCAAGUCGAUUCAGGUGUGGUCUACAUUGCUGAUCGUGACGAAACGAAAUGUAUGAACCACCCAGGAACGACGCGAAUUAGCUUGCCUGGAACGGAUAUCCCCUCGAGUGACUUGGAUGGCGCAGCUGCUCUUUCGUGCGUAGAUGGAAAGGGAUGGUUUCCAAAUGGCUGCUAUGGUCCGUUUCAGGAUUCCAUCAAGGCAGCUCGAGUGAUAAAGAGCAAAGAUAAAAACGAUCGCGGCUUUGGGGGCAUUCCAGGAAUCUACAAUGCGACAGAGGUGCAAGAGUGGUGGUUCCAAAUGCUGAGAACAGACUUUGGUUUGCAUCGAAUCUCUUUGAAAAUGAUGGAUUUCAAAAUGAAGCAAACGAAAUCUUUGAAGCCCCCAGAAUUAUGGUCCAAUAAAAGAGGUAUUGUGCACGUUGUCUACAGUCGGUUUCUGCAACAACAGGGUGCAUUGCUCCAUCUUGGGCUAGCUCGCUUGAAGUUGUUUCGGGCACUCUGUCUUCCAUCAUUGUCGGAGCAGACGAACAAAAACUUCUUAUGGGUAAUUCGCACCGACCCCGAGCUCCGUUCCGAAUUGAAGGAGGGGCUAAUAGAUGCAGUGAAGGAACUUCAAAAUGUGGUGGUUGUGGCGUCAGAUGUUGGGGUUGAUGGAUUUCAUGAUGGCGGCUUUCGCAAAGAUGAAGCCAUGGAUGAGUUCAACAAGGACUCCAUUCUUGUUGGAGAUAUCAAGUUGGUGCAAUCAUACCAUGCGGAAUCCAAAACCCACACUCUUGUGGAAACCAACUUGGACACCGAUGAUGGGAUCGCUUUGACGUUUAUCAAUAGCGUGCAAGACAAAGUUGAUGAGCUUUUUGUGACCGACGAACUUGCAGCGGGAUGGGUGCAGCUGUGUAUUGGCAACCACUUGGAGUGGCACUUCUAUUCACCGUGGGAGAAAAAGUCGAACAAAGGUUGUUUGCUCAAGGGACUAACACGAACAUGCAUCAAGUCUGGACUCAGCUGGGCGACCCGACCCAAGUCGAAGCCUCAGUUCAUGAAAGAAUUGAACAUAUUGAAAGAAGAAGCGCCAGAGUGCCCAAAUCUUCACAAUGUAAGCGGGUAUGCACAUCAAGGUUGUUGGGUUGAGGUCCCUCUCGUAGAUCAAGAGAACGAUGUUAUGGCAAUAAGAGCUAUGUCGCCAGCUUCCCGAGGAGUGGCAAGAGGAGAAAUCUCAAAAUUCGACUGGGGCGUCAAAUCUUUGUUCUUUAACAAAGUCGCAUGGUCUCUUCUCGAUCCCUAUUUUUACAUCCGCGUAGAGUACAUCAAAUCAGUUCGAGCACAUCUUGUUGAGAACAUAAAGGAAGUGUCGGAUGACAAUGAGCACAGUAAGUGUACACACGAAAAGACAUGCUUUGGAAGAUGGGCGAAUGAACAUCGAGUGGUCCAUGUUGUAUACACCUCGAUAUACGACCCCAAUUUUGCAUAUACUUGGGAACGUGUCAGUUUGUCGUCGCUUACUCGACAAUCGUCCUAUGAGUUGCUUUGGAUCGUCCGUGUGGCAGAUUUUACAGAUCAUCGUAUAAUUGAUUCGCUCCUGCAUCCGAUUGAGGAGAGUCCGUUCGCUGACAACAUCAUUAUUGUAAAAUCCACUGCUGCGCCACACAAUGAUUUUCGUUCCUUGGAUGCAAUCGCGGACAUAACGGAGGAGAAACUAAUAUAUGGAAACUUGGAUGUCGUCAAGGACUACCACAAGGCUUCUCAGACGAGAACCCUAAUCGAGACAUUUCUCAGCCCAGAAGAAGGCUUGGUGCGGACAUUUAUUGAUGACCUGCAAGUUUCAGCUUUGACAUUGCCCGGUGGAGGUGAAGCCAAGAGUAAUACAAGUAUAUGGUACUAUCGCUGCGUUCCGGAGUACCUUGAAAGGAGCUACUAUACGCCCAACGGAGAGGUUGAAGAAAAUGGAUUCUUAAGGAUCAUGAAGAGCGAUGAUGCUACGUGCAUGGACCAGCCAGGAACGUCAAGAAUCAGCUAUCCUGCGAGUGUCAUUACUUCAAAAGCAAUUACUCGCAAGAGAUGCUCUAUUGAUCGCCUGCAAAAUGGAUGUUUCAUUGAAUUCGAAGGUGAAGCACCAUCUUUUCGAGCUUUAUUACCAGGUCAAAAGAGCCAAAGUGCUCCAUUGUCUGCUGCCGACUUGACAGCAUUAAAAUCUCAACAACAGCGCUUCGUUUUCAAGUUGCGACUUGUUUACAGCGCUUUCCCACCGAAGUUAACAGCAAUGAAGCAGGUCAUGAAAGGCAACGCUCGCAAAAUUAUCUAUAUUGUUCACACAUGGAUUCAUGAUCCGUCGUCCAUCGUAACAUGGCGUCAUUUCUGUGCCGAGUCGCUUCUGCAGCAGUCCAACACGGCUUUUCUAUGGAUUAUUCGAUCAAACGUUACUUCAGAUGACCUUCGGAAAUCAGUUGGAAACCCACUAAAGUACUAUUUCAAAGACCCAACCAACGUGAUAUUGGUGAAAUCAGAUGAGACCCCAACUGCCGACUUUCGCAGCCCCGAAGCAGUGGCUGACAUUACAGAAGAUUCUAUAAUACGAGGCAACCCAAAUUUGGUGAGAACGGUUCAGCAAGCGACUCAGGGUAGGACAGUGAUUGAGACUUUUCUACGUCCAGAAGAGAGUGUCAAUAAAAACUUUAUUGAGGAUUUGCAUCGCUCGGUGAAUUCAGAGAUUGAACGAAACCAUUGGAUUGCACAUCAAAUAACCUCCACUAACUCGUCAGAGCUGGAAGGGCUGUGGUAUUUUCAAUGUUCUGAGCAGUACAUCGAGUGGAAAUUCUUCUCUCCAGUUGGAGAAACCCUCGGUUCUGGCUUUUUGAGCCAGCAUAUUGCGAAUGGACAACCUUGUUCGUCCAGCCCGGGACUGACAAGAAUCAGUCUUCCGGGAUCUAAACUACCAGAGAGCCAAAUUCCGUUGGAUAUGAAGAAAUGCGCAACAACAAGCAAUAAGGGCGGGUGUUAUGAAUUGCCGAGCUCAACCAAACUGGUCGCUGCAAGAGCAUUGAUUCCGGAAACCAUUGACGGAGAUGCAGCAUCAACACAGAAGGCAUCAACGCCUCUACUCGGAUCAGAAGAAGCCACAAACAAAGAAGCGAGAAAUAAGGAGUUGCUACACCUUUUAGAUAAUGAAUUUGGUGUUUCGGCAUCAACAUUGAAGAUCAUGAGAAGUGCCUUGCGAGAUGCAGAAUGUGAGAAGCAGAAUGGAUGUACUGGUCAGUGGGAAUCAGCAACUGGAGUGGUACACGUUGUCUACACGUCGUUGCAUACUCGUCUCAUGGUAUCAGUCUGGAGAUGGUUUUGCUUUGCACUCGAGGCUCAGACAACAAAAGACUUCCUUUGGAUCAUUCGAGUAGACCCAAAAGACCCUGAUCUCUUGAAGGAAGUCAUCAAACCGACUGUCAAGACUCCAUUGAAUCUCAUUGUGGUCAAGUCCGACUACAUUCCGCAUGUUGACUUUCGACAGCCGGAAGCCGUUAAGGAUUUGGCGACAGAAAACAUUAUCAAGUCCCAUGGGCAUGAGAUCGACAUGCUGCGGUUUUAUCAUCAGAAGGCCCAAACCAGUCCACUGCUGGAGACCUUUUUGCAGCCGACCGACGCUCUCGGGAACUCGUUCAUCAAUGACAUUCAAGUGUCGACUGCGGACCAAGUCCUACAGUUACAAAAUGACACUUGGUAUUACCAAUGCGUUGACAAGCACCUUCAGUGGACGUACUUUUCGUCCACAGGAAUGGACGCAGAGUUUGGUUCCUUCAAAGUUGUCGGUGAGGAGAUUACUCGCCAACUUGAUCGCCCGGGCACCACACGAGUGAGUCUACCUGGAGCACAGAUUGAGGAGGCCGAAGGUGAUCCAAAGACUUGCCCUGCCUCAUCGAACGGAGAGAGUAGGCACGGGUGCUAUGUUGCGGUUUCGAAAGGCAAUGCCACAUCAGCAAGAGUGAUUGUUCCCAAGGUUGACAUGGUGGCACAUGUCAAACUUCAAAACGAAGAAGAGAAGAAGGAGGAAGAAAAGUACAUGAAAGACUUCUUACAUACAUUGAAGCAUGAAUAUUCGAUCGGUCGAGGAAAUUUGAUACAAAUGAGAAAGCAGAUGAAAGAAUUUUUGUUGAAUCCUCCAAAACCAAAGAAGUGA